GAGGCUACCGCGCGCCUGCCCACGCCCUCUCUCUUCCUGCCCCAGGCGCAGCUCCUCUCCUCCAAGCCAAUGGACGACCCUCUCGAGUCGAUCAUGUACAUCACCUCGGUCGGCGUCCCGUCCGUCGUGUACGAGACGGUCAAGAACCUGCGCCAGGCGCGCGGCUGACGCACGACACUCCCCCGACCCGUCCACGACCCUGACGCGCCUCUGAGCCGUCGGUGACGCGUCCAUGACACGUCCACGACGCGCCCCUGAGCCACCCACGGUGCGCCAGGCGCGCGGAUACCGUCUCGGCGCGAUGCAGCGCAAGUUCCCCGCACUCGGGAUCGGCCUGCUAUACCUGCUCGCGAUGAUCGAGCUGCUCGCCUUCCCUCUGCUCGGGGCGGGCUCGGCGGGCAGCGCCUCGAUCCUCACGCUGCAGUCGAUCCUGUUCGCCUUUCUGUGCGGCGCGCACGUGCUCGUCCUGCGCAUCAUCCAGGAGCUUUGGCAGGCGAGCGGCGGAGUCUUCAACGUGGACGAGGUGCUGCAGCAGAUGGUCUUUGGCCUCGAGGAGGAGCUCGAGCUGCGUUCCCGCGCGUCGGGCUUGCCUCCCGUCUCGCCGCUCUCAGCGAGCCUCCCUCCCUCCUCGAUCCGCGCAGACGGCCUCACCCCGUGGGACCCUGUCGCCGACCGGGGCACCGGCCGGAUGCAGCAGCCGCCGCCGCAGCAGAGCGAGAUCGACGAGCUGCGCGCCGAGCUGCGCGACGCGAUCGCGCGCGCCGAGGCGGCGGAGGCGGCGAGCGCAGCUUCGGGCGCGCGCGGGCUCUCUGCGCCGCAGAUCAUGCGGAGGGAGCUGUCGAGCCAGCCCGCGCUGGCGAGCCAGCCCACGGGCGGGCCGGCGCUAGGGACGGAGCAAGUGGCGGCCCACCAUGCUUCGGGGGUUGGCGUUGCGGCGGAGCAGCCGGCGGAGCACUCGGCGGCCGCGGCAGAGUCCACGUGGCUCGGUUUGCCGCCGGCGCAGGACGGGGAGUCCGCCGAGGAGCGACGCCGCCGCUUGGCGCGCCUAAUCUCGAAGCGACGGCGCGUGUCGCUUCUCGGCCGAAUGCGGCUCGGGAUGAUGCGUGCCGUGCAAGCUAUCGGCUCCUGACCGAGCCGGCUCCGUGCGCGUAGUACAGAGUCUGUGUGAGCGGAGUGCGAGGCGACUCUCGCGGAAGCCUGUCUGGGGUCGUGGGGGGAGGAGGGAACACCCCGAGCGCUCCAUGCCUUCUAGUCUUCACGGAGAAAUUCAGAGUCCGACGUGUUGUGUACGCGUUAUACUCUAC